AUGGAAGGAGCCAUCUCCAGCGGGCCAAAUCCGAGGAUUGCCGUCGUCACCGGCGGCAACAAGGGGAUCGGCUUCGAGGUGUGCCGGCAACUGGCCAGCCAUGGAGUCGCGGUCGUUCUGACGGCCCGGGACGAGCCGAGGGGCGCGGAGGCAGUCGAGAAGCUCAGAGCGCUGGGGCUCGCCCAAGUCAUCUUCCAUCAGCUGGAUGUCACGGACACUUCCAGCAUUGCUACACUGUUCGUUUUCCUGAAGACCCGCUUUGGCAAACUAGACAUUCUGAUGUACUCUGUUAAUUUGCAGGUGAACAAUGCCGCAAUCGGUGGGGUUGAGUACCUCCAAGAACUCCAUGCCAACGAGGAAAAGUUUGCCGGCAUGGAUUUCGACCAGAUGCUUGAAUGGAUGGUGAAGAACGUCCGUGAACCCGUCGACAGUGCAAAGAAAGGCGUGCAGACGAACUACUACGGCACGAAGCAUGUAACCGAGGCCGUGCUGCCUUUGCUGCAAUCUUCCUCCGAGGGAAGAAUUGUGAACGUCUCCUCCCUAUUUGGGCUGCUAAGGCUUAUCAGCAACGAGGAGGUGAGGCAGGAGCUCAAUGACAUCGACAACCUGACAGAGGAAAGGCUGGACGAGCUGCUGGACAGGUUCCUCAGGGACUUCGAGGCCGACGCGCUGGAGGCGCGCGGAUGGCCCAUGGGGUGCUCUGCGUACAAGGUGGCCAAGGCCGCCAUGAACGCCUACUCGAGGUUGCUGUCGAGGAGGCACCCCGCGCUGCGCGUCAACUGCGUGCAUCCAGGCUACGUCAAGACGGGCAUAACCAUGAACUCGGGCGUCCUGACGCCCGAGGAGGGCGCGCGUAACGUGGUGAAGGUGGCGCUGGCGCCGGAGGGCGGGCCGACGGGCAAGUUCUUCGCCGAGGACGAGGAGGCAUCGUUCGUGUGA